UAAGUUACCCCCACUGCACUGAGGGUCCAUGUUUAUGGCACAGAGGAGGGAGUUUCCUUCACUCUGUGGACGAUCAGAGCAGAGGAGCGAGUUCUGGAGCUCUGGCUCUUCCUGCGGCUCAUCGCCCCUUACUCCCCCGCGACUGACUGACCCGCAGCACCGGCAGCCUGAAGGAGAGGCGGAGGGAAGAAGACGAAGAAGAAGCAGUUUGUAGUGGCACCUGCCCAAGCCUCCAUCCCCGCUUCCUCUGCUGCAUCGGCUGCCACCAUGUGUGACUGUUUCCACCUGGCGUUCCCCAACUGGCACGCUGCCUCUUCUGGGACGGCAGGGAGACGACUGCGAGCCCCAGAACCUGCCACACAGGAUGAUUCAAUAUGUGAAGAGCCGACUCAGUUUGCAGAGGGGGAGAGACCCCGGCCUCAAGGAUCAUCCCCAGUCCAGGAGUAUCCUGAGGCGGCUGACAAAGAGUGCGAUGAACAUGAUGCAGACCACAAAGCUGGGAGCGGACACAAAGGUAAAAAGUCUGGCCUCGGCUCCAUCUUCGAGAGGACCUCCACUCCAAAAAUGAGUAAAUUAAAGGAAGCUCCCAGUCCUGAAGGUGGCGUUAUAGUGAACACAGCCCAAGAUGGAUGUGCAGAGGGUCUGGUUUAUGGAGGAGGAGGGAAAGAGGGGAUCUUCAUAAAGAAAGUCGUCCCAGAGUCACCAGCUUCAAAAAGCUUAAAAGUCAAAGAAGGAGAUCAGAUCCUGAGCGCCACAGUGUAUUUUGACAACAUGUCGUAUGAGGACGCCAUUCAGAUUCUGGAACAUGCUCAGGCUUACAAAUUGAAGCUUUGCCUCAAACGCCAGCCGGACAUCACGGAGACGGAACCGACCAUCGAUUCAGACGUUAUUCCUGAGGAAGAAGCCGGCUCCACAGAGAUGAGGGACCAAGGAAAAACCAGAAGACGUGGCGACGCUCGCAUCUCGUGGCCAAAGUUUCCCUCCUUUGGAAAAGGACGCAAAUCUCGUUUCACAAGAUCUCAUAGUUCGUCAGAAGCAGAUGAGCAGAGAAAACUUGAGCUUAGUCCGACGACAAGUGACACAGAGUCGCCUAUAAAAUCUCAGGAUGCCCUGAAAGGAAAGAAGAAGCAUAAAAUAAAGCUCUCUGGCCUAACAAGAAGAGGCCGCAUAAGUUCAUCUGAAGACCAGGACACGGAUGCUCCAACAUCUGGCCAGAUGAGUAGUGACGUUCAGCAGAAGCAGGAAUCAGACACACUUUCGCCCGAGUUCCCCGAAUACCCCAUAGCAGAAACACCAGAGACCAAUGAUCAGGCAGGGGAAGCUAUGGAGUCUGACCUGGUUCAACGCAAGGUGGCACUCAUCAGAGAAGACGUCACUUUGAAAACCACAGAUCCAACCGUAGCGCUGGGCGAUCAGGAAGGCCAGUCUGGAGCUCCAAAAUCCCCAGACGAGAAAAAAAAGAAGAAAGAGAGGUCAGAAUUAAAAAUGAAGAUCCUGGGGAAAGAUAAAUCGCACAAAAAAGACGCAAAAGCAAAAUCCUCUCCCAAAAGGCUUAAGACUCUCGGAGCAAGUGUUGACACGGAAGAUCUUCCCGAAGCAGGAAAAUCUGCUGCUAUCUCAAGCUCUGAGUCAAAAACCAAAUUGCUGGGAGAUCAGUCUACAGUUGGUGUAGAUAACAAAAGCCAAGGUGGAGAGAGUUCAAAGCUCAUCUCAUCCAAAUCCAUUACAUCGCAGAUAAGUUUACCAAAGGUGGAACUUGACAUAUCAGUGAGAAAAUCUCCCAGAAAAAGUGAUGACAAAACACAGAAAGGAAAGGAGACGAAACAGAAGCAAGCCAAAAAGUCCAGUCCAAAACAUAAGCAAUCUGAAUUAGACAUGAGCAAUGUUGCUAAUGCAGAAGAAAUGGAAAAGGUGAACGACCAAGAACCAACAACUAUAACUGACCGCGUUUCCAAAACACAACUUCCCAAACGUGAAGACAUCGAGAUUCCAGGAAUGGAGGACAUGUCUGUGAAAACCACUGUGGCUGAUUAUAAAAAGCGCAGCAAAGAAAGCCAGGCUGAAGCAGUGCAAAUGUCUAUUGAUGUUGAUAGUGUGAAAGAAGCUGUUUCUAAAUUACCUGGAUUUAAGCUGCCUCAACUGGAUAUAUCAGGGGUGCCUAUCCCGGAAGAAAUAACUGUCAUAGAUGCUAACGCACAAAGAAUAUCUGUAAAAACGCCCACAAAAGUCGUAAAACCAAAACCAGAAGAACAUCUGACAAGGUCUGACACAACGGCAUCUUCAGAAAUCUCUAAAACAAUCUUUUUGACUGACAACAGGUCUGACUUUAAGAGCUCUCAAAUGGAAGACAAUACCAGCCCAACAAAGUGCAAAAGUGAAGAGGAAACAAACGGAAAAGCAGCAGCAAAGGAAGAGCUGAAGAUGUCCACUAGGCCAAAGAUAACAAUGCCUAGCUUUGGGAUGUCAGCAAAAAGCAGAAGACUGCCUUAUAUUGGGAUUGACAUGCAGAAACCAAGCUUCAGUCAGGAAAAAGAACUAACAACUGAAACAAGAAAAGAUGAAAGACAAACUGGAGAAGUCAUAUGUAAAGUCAAAAUACCUGAACUUGAUGGUAUUGAGUACAUUGACUCAAUGGAUGAGUCGGUCAAAAAGGAUGGUGGCUUCGCAAGUUUUAAUACAAGUUCUGACACGAAGACAAUACUUGCCUUUUCUUUCGAAAGUAAAGAAACAUCUGAUAAACUUGAGGAUGAAAGAAAUAAGCUGUCCAAAGUUAGAAUGUCUCCUUCAGGCACACCUAGUGGAAAAGAGGAUAUCUCUGCCGAAGGGACGACAAAACCUCAAGACAGAGAUGGAAAGAGUACAUUUAAAUGGCCAAACCUGGACAUCUCAGUGCCAAAAAUAAAAGGAACAACAGUUGAUAUCAAGACAUCUAAGAAAGACACAGCUCACACAGAAGCACUGGCUGAAGGAGGGCUAAUCCCAGGAGGCCCAGAGAGCGAUAUGGUCCUCAAGAGCUCUGAUGUUCCUAAAGAAAUGGCAGAGGCAGAAAAACCACAAGUGGAAAUAAAGCCAACUGAAACUGAAGGUGAGCUUGACUGGGAAGCAAGCAAAUUGACAAAGUUUGGGAUUAAAAUGCCAAAAAUCAAAGGCCCAGAAUUUGACUUGAGUUUGUCAAAGAAAGAAGCACAUGGCAAAGCUGCAGGUAAACUCCCAGAAGCAUAUAAAACAGAAGUUACUCCUGGAAAGGGAAAAGUAUAUUUUCUGAAGCAAAAGAUGCAGUUAGAAAAACCUGGAGAAGUUAAACCUUUGCAGUCCAAGGAUGAACACUUCCAAGGAGGCAAAAUCAAAAUCCCAAAGUUUGGAGUCAAAACAACAAAAUUAGCAGGUCCUGAGAUAAGCUUGUCAAAGAAAGAUGCAGAGGUUACCCUGCCAGAGGCUAAACCUGAGAUCAAACUCACUGAAGGUUCAGGAACAGAUGUGAACAAAGACAGUGUUAAGCCAGAAGAACAGAAAGGAAUAGAAAAGUCUGAUCUGAAAAUCAAAACAAUGCAGAAGGAAGGUGAAGCGAAAGGACAUGGACACAAGAUCAAAAUGCCCCAGCUGGGAAUUGCACUGCCAAAAGUUACAAUGCAUGAGUCAGAUUUAAGCCUGUCGAAGAAAGGCAAAGAUCUGACACUGCCUGAAGUUAAAGGAGAAAUCAAAGAUCUUGAGGUUGAUGGAACUGGAUCAUCAACAAAACUAGAUGUUAGAGCUCCUGGAAUUAAAGUUGAAACAAAGGAUGUUGAAGGAUCAUCGUCAAAAUUCAAAAUGUCCCCUUUUAAAUUUUCCAGAUUUGGAGCUGCUCCUUCAAACCUCAGCGGCGAGGUAAGCGAAGCUUCUGAAACACACACAUUGGAAGAUGGUGCUGGUAUUGAUGCUGCCAUACCAGACAGUGAUGUAAAAAUGAAAGCAUCUGAAAUUGAUGGAAGAGCAAAUAAGUUCAAAAUUCCAAAAUUUGGAAUAGCACUUCCAAAACUAAAGGGUUCUGAAAUGGAUACAACCCAAUCCCAAAAGGUUGAUGUAGAUGUCAUAUUGUUUAAAGGUGACACUGAAAUAAAACUCAUUGAUGCUGAGCAUGAAGAACCUGGUAUCAGGAUGAAGGGCAAAUUUCCCCAGAUUGGAGUUCAGCAAGAUGUUGGGUACUCAGCAUCAAAACCUGAAAUCACAGUACCACUUUCUGAUGCUAAAGCAGAAGUCAAGCUGUCGCAAGUUGAUGGAGAAAGAAUCAACUUUUCAUCUCCUGUGGUCCUUAAUGAGACACCAGAGCUGGAGAUCCCGACCAUGAAGGUUGAGAAUCACCUUGACAGACAAGAAGAAAAGAUGAAGCUGUCAAAGAUUGGAAUAAAAAUGCCCAAAAUUAAAGGACCGGAGUUUCAACUUGGACUCACAGGUAAAGACACAGAUGUCAUGGAGGCAGAAGGCAAAGUGGACAAUAAAACUAAGGUAGGCGUCCCAGUUCCUACAGCAGAUGUUAGCCUGGGAAAAGCAGAAAUCUUGAUAUCUUCUGGAAAAGUGGAAGUUGGAAAACCAGAAAUGCAAAUUCAACCUACAGUUGAAGGACAAGGAAGCAGGUUCAAAAUGCCAAAAUUUGGAAUCACAAUGCCAAACGUCAAAGGACCUGAAGGAAAGAAGAAUGUAGAGUCUUGGUCUAAGGAGACCAAGACUGACAUAAAAAUACCUGAUGCAAAUUUUGAGGCACCAGAUGUGGAACAAUCCCCAUCAAAAUUUAGUAUGCCAACUGUCAAAUUACCAAAAUUAGGACUGGGCACUUUAGACAAAAAUGUACAAGGAGAUGACAUUGAUAAAGACAUUCCUGAUGAUGUUCUUGCAGUUACCAUUGUUGCACCGAGCUCUGACCUCUCAAAAAUUGAUAUCGAUACACAUCUUCUUGAAAGUAAAACUGAAGUUGCACUUUCGAGUGAUGAUGUAAACAAAUACCCCAUUGGAGUGGCAGCUACAGCUCCACAAAUGAAAGUGUCAAAAAAAGAAAAAGAAGGGUCACCAUCCAAAUUUAAGAUGCCGACAUUCAAGUUACCAAAACUUGGGCUUUCUGUUCAAAGUUCUACUGAAGAGCCUCCUCUGGACAAAGAUCUCAAAACAGGAGACGUGGAGAUGUCUGGAGAGAUUCUUUCAACAAGCCUAGAAGCACCAAGAAUUGACGUUAAGGCUCCAUCAGUAGCUUUAAAAACUACAGGAACUGAGAGUGAAGAAAGAGGAAGAAAGUUUAAACUGCCAAGUCUUGGUUUUUCAGCAUCGCAAACCAAAGGACUUGAUACUGACAUUACCUUACCCACAACAGAAGUUGAUGUUACCUUACCCACAACAGAAUUUGAUGUUACCUUACCCACAACAGAAGUUGACAUUACCUUACCCACAACAGAAGUUGAUGUUACAGUACCACAAGUCAAAACAGAAAUCAAACUCCCUGAAGAAAAGUUUAACAAAUCUUUUGAAGUGGAAGCUAAAGCUCCAGAAUUGAAAGGUACAAGAAUAGAAAAAGAGGGCUCACCUUCCAAGUUUAAGAUGCCGACAUUCAAGAUGCCAAAAUUUGGGCUUUCUGCUCAGAGUUCCACAGCAGAACUGCCUCCUUUGGACAAAGAUCUCAAAACAGGAGAAGGUGAAAUUACCACUUCUGGAGAGAUUCUCGUUGGAAGCCUAGAAGCACCAAGAAUUGACGUUAAGGCUCCAUCAGUAGCUUUAAAAACUACAGGAAUUGAGAGUGAAGGAAGAGGAAGAAAGUUUAAACUGCCAAGUCUUGGUUUUUCAGCAUCGCAAACCAAAGGACUUGAUACUGACAUUACCUUACCCACAACAGAAGUUGAUGUUACCUUGCCCACAACAGAAGUUGAUGUUACCUUGCCCACAACAGAAGUUGAUGUUACCUUGCCCACAACAGAAGUUGAUAUUACAGUACCAGAAGUCAAAACCGAAAUCAUAAUCCCUGAAGAAAAGCUUAGCAAAUCCAUUGAAGUGGAAGCUAAAGCUCCAGAAUUUAAAGGUACAAGAAUAGAAAAAGAGGGCUCACCAUCCAAGUUUAAGAUGCCGACAUUCAAGAUGCCAAAAUUUGGGCUUUCUGCUCAGAGUUCCACAGCAGAACUGCCUCCUUUGGACGAAGAUCUCAAAACAGGGGAAGGUGAAAUUACCACUUCUGGAGAGAUUCUCGUUGGAAGCCUAGAAGCACCAAGAAUUGACGUUAAGGCUCCAUCAGUAGCUUUAAAAACUACAGGAAUUGAGAGUGAAGGAAGAGGAAGAAAGUUUAAACUGCCAAGUCUUGGUUUUUCAGCAUCGCAAACCAAAGGACUUGAUACUGACAUUACCUUACCCACAACAGAAGUUGAUGUUACCUUGCCCACAACAGAAGUUGAUGUUACCUUGCCCACAACAGAAGUUGAUGUUAUCUUGCCCACAACAGAAGUUGAUAUUACAGUACCAGAAGUCAAAACCGAAAUCAUAAUACCUGAAGAAAAGCUUAGCAAAUCUUUUGAAGUGGAAGCUAAAGCUCCAGAAUUUAAAGGUACAAGAAUAGAAAAAGAGGGCUCACCAUCCAAGUUUAAGAUGCCGACAUUCAAGAUGCCAAAAUUUGGGCUUUCUGCUCAGAGUUCUACAGCAGAACUGCCUCCUUUGGACAAAGAUCUCAAAACAGGGGAAGGUGAAAUUACCACUUCUGGAGAGAUUCUCAUUGGAAGCCUAGAAGCACCAAGAAUUGACGUUAAGGCUCCAUCAGUAGCUUUAAAAACUACAGGAAUUGAGAGUGAAGGAAGAGGAAGAAAGUUUAAACUGCCAAGUCUUGGUUUUUCAGCAUCGCAAACCAAAGGACUUGAUACUGACAUUACCUUACCCACAACAGAAGUUGAUGUUACCUUGCCCACAACAGAAGUUGAUGUUACCUUGCCCACAACAGAAGUUGAUAUUACAGUACCAGAAGUCAAAACCGAAAUCAUAAUCCCUGAAGAAAAGCUUAGCAAAUCCAUUGAAGUGGAAGCUAAAGCUCCAGAAUUUAAAGGUACAAGAAUAGAAAAAGAGGGCUCACCAUCCAAGUUUAAGAUGCCGACAUUCAAGAUGCCAAAAUUUGGGCUUUCUGCUCAGAGUUCUACAGCAGAACUGCCUCCUUUGGAAAAAGAUCUCAAAACAGGGGAAGGUGAAAUUACCACUUCUGGAGAGAUUCUCAUUGGAAGCCUAGAAGCACCAAGAAUUGACGUUAAGGCUCCAUCAGUAGCUUUAAAAACUACAGGAAUUGAGAGUGAAGGAAGAGGAAGAAAGUUUAAACUGCCAAGUCUUGGUUUUUCAGCAUCGCAAACCAAAGUACUUGAUACUGACAUUACCUUACCCACAACAGAAGUUGAUGUUACCUUGCCCACAACAGAAGUUGAUGUUACCUUACCCAGAACAGAAGUUGAUGUUACCUUGCCCACAACAAAAGUUGAUGUUACCUUGCCCACAACAGAAGUUGAUAUUACAGUACCAGAAGUCAAAACCAAAAUCAUAAUCCCUGAAGAAAAGCUUAGCAAAUCCAUUGAAGUGAAAGCUAAAGCUCCAGAAUUUAAAGGUACAAGAAUAGAAAAAGAGGGCUCACCAUCCAAGUUUAAGAUGCCUACAUUCAAGAUGCCAAAAUUUGGGCUUUCUGCUCAGAGUUCCACAGCAGAACUGCCUCCUUUGGACAAAGAUCUCAAGAUAACUGGAGGAGAAAUGACAAUGUCAGAGGAGGUCAUUGUAGUUAGCACAGAAGGACCAAGUGUUGAAAUUGGGGAUUUAUCCAUAGAGUCAAAAAAAGAGGGAAGUGAACGUGAAGGAAAAGGAAAAAGGUUUAAGUUGCCAAGUCUUGGAUUUUCUGCUACGCAGGCCAAAGUGCCGGACACAGAUUUAAGCUUGAAGACAGGAGUAGAUGUUACACAACCAGAACUCAAAGCUGAAGUCAAAUUUCCUGAUGAUGAACUGAAAAGAACAGAAACAGAAAUAGAAAGUAAAGGAUCUGAAUUUCAAGUUGAAGCAAAGGACAUUGAAGGAUCAACAUCCAAGUUUAAAAUGCCAACUUUUAAAUUACCCAAAUUUAGGCUUGCCACUCAAAGUUCCAUUGAAGAACUAUCUUCUUUUGACAAAGAUGUCAAAAUCAGUGGAGGUGAAACCACAGGCUUAGAGGAGGUACUUACAGUUACCACAGAAGGACCAAGCAUUGAAAUUAAGGGGACAUCAGUAGAUUUAAGCACUGAAGGAAGUGAUCUUGAAGGAAAAGGAAGGAAGUUCAAACUGCCAAGUCUGAGUUUUUCAGUACCUCAAGCCAAAGAGCCAGAGACUGAUUUGAGCGUAAGGACAGAUGUAAAUGUCAAAGUACCAGAGGUAAAAACUGAAGUCAAACUUCCAAGCACCAAAUCUUCUGUUGAAGUGGAAACUGAAGCACUUGAAUCCAAAGAUACAAAAAAGACUACAGAAAGCUCACCCUCCAAAUUUAAAAUGCCAAAUUUUAAGUUACCAAAAUUUGGGCUUGCUACUCAAAUUUCCACUGGAGAAGUACCUCCAUUAGACAAAGGUGUAAAACCAGUAGAAGGUAAAAUCACAACUUCAGAAGAGGUUAUUGUAGUUACCACAGAAGCACCAACCAUUGAAAUGAAGGGUCCAUUAUUAGAGCUAAAAACUGAAGGAAAAACUGAAGGAAAAAUUGAUCGUGAAGAAAAAGGAAAAAAGUUUAAGUUGCCAAGUUUAGGUUUUUCUGCGACAGAAGCUAAAGGGACUAGCAGUGAUUUAGAGUUAUCAAAGACAGAAAUGGACGUUACAUUGCCAGAAGUAAAAGCUGAAGUCAAACUCCCUGAUGACGAGAAUCUGAUAAAAACAUCUACUGUGAUAGAAAUUAAAGGACCUGAAAUCAAAACUGAUGGAUCGCCAUCCAAAUUUAAAAUGCCUGCAUUCAAGUUACCAAAAUUUGGUCUUACUUCUCAAAGCUCUACAGAAGAAGGUCCUUUGGAGAAAGAUGAGAAAGAUGGUGAACCUAAAAACACUGUCACUGCAACAGAAACUAAGGCACCUGAAAUAACGGUUGUGUCAAAAGACACUGAUGGAUCGCCAUCCAAAUUUAAAAUGCCAACAUUCAAGUUGCCAAAAUUUGGCCUUGCUUCCCAAAGUUCAAACAAACAAGUACAAGAUGUCAAAACAGUGAAAGGUGAAAGUACUACUUUGGAGGAAGUUCUCACAGUUACAACAGAAGAACCAAGCAUUAAAAUUAAGGGUCCAUCUGUGGAUCUAAGGAGUUCAGAAACUGAUGAUGAAAGAAAAGGAAGUAAAUUUAAACUUCCAAAUCUUGGUUUUUCAUUAUCACAAUCCAAAGGACCGGAUACCAACAUUAACUUACCCAAGGCAGAUGUAGAUGUCACAGCACCAGAAGUCAAAGCUGAAGUUCAAUUUUCCAACGCAAAUGUGGAACAACCUUCAGUGCAAAUGGACAUUAAGUCUCCAGUGAUCAAAGCUGAUAUCAACACUACAUCAGAAGUUGAAUUGCCUAAAAUUACAUUACCGAAAUUUGAAUCCGUAACCCCACAUGUCAGUAUGGAAAGACCUAAAAUGACCAAAGAGAAAAGGGGUGAUGUGGACCUUCAUGUUGAUACUGAUACAGUAGAUUUUAAUGUUAAAGCAGGGGAACUAAAGAAAUACGAAGUCCAGACACCAAGUGCUGAGGCAAAAGGCGAAGUUGAACUUGAAGGUAAAGUCAAACGGCUAAAUUGGACUUUUCCUAGCAUCUCAUUUUCAAGAACUGGUGGCCAAGCCCCUGCCGUCGACGUCAACAUGGAAACUCCAAAAGAUGGUGUGACGUCAGUGGAGACCAAAAUCUCAGAUGUUGAUGUUAAAGAAUCUUCAAUGGUCCCAGCUCCAGAACUUGACCCAGGUUUGAAGAAAAGUAAAUUUUCACUUCCCAGGUUUUCAUUUUCAAAGCCGAGCUUGAAAGAGACUGAAGUAAAAGCUGAGCUUCCAGAAGUCAAAAAUUAUGAAACCGAUAUGACAACAGAGAUCAAACUCUCUGCAGAUGAAGACAAAAACGUCCUAACUGCUUUUGAAGUGACAAAUUCUGAGGCUGAAGUCAAGUCCAAAAAAUUUAAAAUGCCUACUCUGAAAAUGCCAAGAUUUGGCAGUGCGUCUUACGAGGUAACAACAGAAACGCACAUUUCAGAUAGAACAGCUGAAGAAGAUGGAAGUCAGCUGGGGGAGGGUGCUGCUGUUCUCAUCAAAGGUCCAACGAUUGAUUUUGAAUCAGAUACCCCCAAAUCAGAACAACAGGAUCAAGAAACCCUAAACAUAGAAAGUGAUAGUGCAGUUCAAGGAUCUCCAAGUAAAUUCAAACUACCUACCUUUAAAAUACCACGGCUGGGUCUUUCCAGAUCCAAGCCUGAAGAGGAAUCUGUUCACUCUGAGUAUGAAAACAAUGAAGAUCAACUGGAAAUGAAGAUUGCGCCAGAAGAAGAAAAUCUAUCACCAAAACUGACUUUAACAUCAUUUGGUGACAUUCUUAAGUCGAUUGAUGUUGACUUUGACGUUCGAAAAGUGGACAAAGUUGAUCAAGACGUUGAAACCUCAAAGGAAUCUCAUGAGCCAGGCGAAGCCACCACAAUGCACACAUCGGCAAAAACCAAGCACGAUACCACCAAAAGUCCGGAGAGCUCGAGCUGGUUUAAGUUCCCGAAGUUUGGCCUGUCUUCCCCAACAGAACAACAAAAGAUUCCUGACAAAGCAGAACAAGUAAAAGAUAGCAGCCCAGUCGGGGUAUCCAAGGACGAGGAAGUAAGUCCCACCCUUUCUGUCCAGUCAUCAGAUGCUUUUGCUGAUGUUAGCUCUACAAUCACAAGUGAGCCUAUUGGCCCAUUCAUACCUUCCCCAACCAAGGUGACAGUCAAAUACUCUGACGAAAGCGCAGGUGCUGGAUUUGAAGAGAUGCACAGUGACAUCAUGACUUCCACGACAAGGACUGAGCUGAUCACAGAUGUGCCCACCUUGCCGGAGAAGAUCACUAUUUUGUCUUCUGGUGUUUCAUCUUCUUCUGAAGAUACAGUAAGAUUAACGUCGGGAAAAAUACACAUCAUCACAUCAAACAUACAGCCUACUCCUGAGUCACAGAAUGCCAAGAUUCUGUCUGCUGUCCAAGUCCAAUCAGAGGAAGGCUUUACUUUACAGUCGGAGGGAGAUGAAGCGCCAUCGUGGAUGGUCCAAGAUGCUCGAAGUGCCACAAGGACAGUCAAACACUUAGUCCAAGAAACAACAACCGAAAGAAGUGAGAGCAAGGAGACUGUGGUUAUAACCAAGCAAAUCACCCAUAUAUUUGGCCCCACAGAACCCAUCUCAGGAGAGACAGCGUCAUCUAUUCAACGUCUCAAAGACUCUGUGCACACUGAGAAAAUGAGGUUCUUUGAUGAGGCUGAGAAGUGAAAGAAAAAUUUGAAUUCGUGUUUAAAGAUACAACUCCUUGUUAUGUGGUUCGCCAUAAAAGAAGGGCAUACAGUUCCACCGCCUGAAGUUAAAAACAAAAUGGCAACUGGAUGAGGGACCAAUCAAUCUAACAUACCAAUCACUGAAAGUUCUUGUUAGCAUCCAGAUAUCACCAUGGCAAUGUGAUGUGGAGUUGCAUGCUUAUUGAGCUUUAUAGAAAUGCACCGCUGUAGCAAAUGACUGUUACAUUUAUAUUGUGGUCAAGAUGUUAAUAAGCUGGUUAAAUGAUUCUCCUCAUUGCAUAAUAUGUGUUUGCUUUAUAGUAAACAAUGUUUGAUUUAUGCUAGCAUACACAGUGCCUUGCAAAAGCAUUGAUGCCCCAUACAUCAUCACAUUUCUUUACAUUAUAACUACAGCAUUGAUGAACUGACAAGGGGCUUUUGGAUCCCAAAAUGGUGGGAAAACAAUGCAUGGUAUUUAAGUUGAGUGAAUAUUACCAAUAUUCUUAAAGGAAAAUCUGGAAUUGUGAUAUGUGUGUUAACACACACCCCUUACUAAGUUCUCAAUAGAUGCUAGAAUUACGUUUGGCUGCAAAUCCCAAGGGUGCGUUUCUGGAGGCUUUGUAUUUGUAGACAUACGGAACUUCCACAUUAUUCUGUGAACCUUAACCUUUAACGCUUUCCACAAAUUCUUAUUUGGACUGAAGAAUCCAAAUAAGAAUAGCAUCCCGACAGCAGGAUUCUUCUGGCACUAUUAAAGGGGCAGUAUUAUUUAAAAUAAACUUUUUUGAGCUUUACAUCAUGUUAUAAUGCUGCCCCUCAUAAAAAAAAAACAUGCCUGGAUUGUUGGCUUGACAAAUUAAACUCCAUGGCAACUACUCCUGGGGGAACCUGGUGCAGCUCCUCCUAUGAGAUCAGCUCCUUCAGACUAGUCAUCAGCAAUUAGCAAACACCUGGUGGAAGUCUUAUCUUUUUGGUGUGUGUUAAGAUUGAAACGUUAUGGAGGCUCCUAGAGGUUUGGGUGACCUAAGCAGUGACUUAGUUUGCCUGUACAUAGGGCUGCUCCUCUGAAUAAUAAAAAUAUUAUAUUCGCAAAAAAAAAAAAAGUUGUGAAAAUGCAUUGUUUUCCUCCUCCCAUUUUACUUCAGUGUGACUUUGUGUUCGUCACAUCACAAACAAACAAUGCAUUGAGAUUUUAUGAAAAACUUUGAGGGUUAUGAAUUUUUGUUCUGAGACACUGUGUGAAAUAUUUUCUGUCAGUUUGUGCUUUUGAAAUCUGCUCAAGUUAAUUACUUUGCGGGAUGAUGACUAGAGCAUUCAGUGAGAAAAGAGACAGUGAGAGAGCGAGACAGAGAGAGAGAGACAAUGUUGCUGAUAUUCCAGAGUAUGUUCACAGUUAGCGCUUUAAGCAGAAAAAUAUUUACAGCAAAGAAAAUUAUAUACAAGUAAAAAAAAGAUGCAAAUGUACAGGAAUUAUCUAUAUACUGUUGCUACAGUUGAUGUGUAAAGAAACAAUACCAUUGAAAGGCUGAAGUGAAAUGUUUAUUGUAGAACUCUUAAAGUGCCCUGCUGCAAUUACACUGGUAACAACUCACUGUGCAGAAGCUACUUUGCUAUGAUGUGCACUAAAACUGUUAAGUAUAUCUUCCUUUAGUAGGAGAGUUACUGACCCAGCCGUGUAAAUAGCUUUUGGAAACCAUGUUAUUUUUUUGGUCACUGCCCUUGUUUUUAUCCUGAUAGGCUAUAAUAUAACUGAAUGUAUUUACAAAGUCAUACGCAAUAAAUAACAUAAAAAGGAACAGGAAA